AUGGCGCUUCUGGAGCCCUAUGAGAUGAUGAAGAAGACGGGCUUUAAGUGCGCUCGGCUCCUGAUGUGUCUCUUCGUGUCGCUUUGGGAGAUGGCUGUUUUACCGCUGUCGCUGCUGCUGCAAGUGGGAUUUGUGAUCGGAUCUAUACAUGAAUACGCGGAAGAUCUCGGAGCACAGGAGGCGAUUUACGGCGCUCAGGCGCACCGUCGGCUGCUAGCGCAUCUCCGUGCGCCUCAGCUUCCUCCCGGGGAGACGGUGGAGCUGCCGCAGAAAAUAGAGGAGCGUCUCCCCAGGGUGGUCACGGCUUAUCUUCACACGGGGGACUCGACCACCUUAAAGCACGCCAACUGCUCGCGGAGGUACGAGCUCACCUCUCGGCGGGGAAGGUCACGAGCCACCCCGCAUUACUCCAUGAGCAGCGUGCUGGAUACGGUGCUGCACGCCACAAACUUCCUCAGCAUGCUCUUGCAAGCCAACAGGUCCAGGGAGCAGAGUCUCCGGCGAGACAUUGAGUGGUACCAUGCCUUAGUCAGGAGUAUACUGGAGGGAGACGCCAAGAUUCACCGGGCGGUCGUCACUUUUAGCGCGGAUUCGUCCGUGGCGGGGCCCUCGGUGCUUCUCCAAGCCACCAGGGCCGGUGGAGAGAUAGUCCUCCAAGACCUCUCCAGCGUGGCCCACCACCAUCUGCACAACCGCACAGCAGACACAGAGUGGUACCACGACGUCAAAGAUAGGAAGAAGCCCAGUUUCCAUAAGAAGGUGCUGAGCCAAGAUUUUAGAUCAGUUGACAAUUCUUUAAAAAGAGGAGAGAGCUUUAUUCCGGACAAGACGCAUGUGAAAUGGUCUGCGCCCUACCUGGAGUGUGAGAAUGGGAAUUUUGUUCCCCGUUGGCUUUUGACCUUAUCGGCUGCCUUCUAUGGCCUGAAGCCCAACCUGGCUCCUGAAUUCAGGGGCGUGGUGCGAGUGGACAUUAAUCUGCAAGAUGUUGAUAUCGACCAGUGCUCCACUGACGGCUGGUUUGCUGGAACCCAUCGAUGCAACCUGACCACUAUGGAGUGUUUGCCGAUCCAGGGUUAUGGAUUUGUCUUGGACAAGUACACGUGCCACUGCAAGAAGGGAUUCUACCACCAGAACAGAGUGGCUGUCAACGGCUUUACAAGGAUGGGGAGAAAGGGAAAAGCUGCAGAGAGCGGUCCCAAUGCGGACGAGGGGUCUUCCAGUGACUGCCUGCCAUGCCAGCAGGGCUGUGCCUACUGCAAGGAUGACACCCCCUGUGUGGCACGAGAGGAUGGCCCCCUUCGCCUGGCCGUGCUCUCCUUCCAGUGCCUCUGCUUGCUGAUUGUCUUCGUUAGCAUGGUACUCAUCUACCACUUUCGCAGGAAUAAGAGUAUCAGAGCAUCAGGUCUAGUCCUACUGGAGGCCAUCCUGUGUGGAGCUCUGCUUCUCUACUUUCCGGUUGGGAUUCUCUAUUUUCAGCCGAGUGUUUUCCGCUGCAUCCUUCUGCGAUGGGUUCGGCUGCUGGGUUUCGCUACCGUCUAUGGGACUCUGACUCUUAAGUUGUACAGGGUGCUGAAGGUGUUCCUGUCCCGUACAGCCCAGAGGAUCCCCUAUAUGACCAGCUGGCGAGUGUUGCGUCUGCUGGGCAUCAUCCUGCUUAUCGUCUGCUGGUUUCUGGUGGCUUGGACAUCUGCCGUCUGUCAGAACCCGGACAGGAAAUUGGCUCUCAUCGAUGUGGGAUACACGCCCAACGGGCUGCAGUUCAGCAUGUGCCUGCUGGAUCGCUGGGACUACAUGAUGGCUGUUGCGGAGUUCCUCUUCCUGCUGUGGGCAGUGUACCUUUGUUAUGCUGUAAGGACGGUGCCGUCUGCGUUCCAUGAGCCUCGCUACAUGGCCAUCGCUGUUCACAACGAACUAGUUCUGACGGCGAUAUUCUAUAUCAUCAGGUUCACUCUUGCUCCAGAGCUCCAUCCAGACUGGAUGCUGCUGCUGUUCUUCACCCACACCCACUUAACUGUAACAGUAACACUGGGUCUACUCCUCAUCCCUAAGUUCCUGUUUGCAGACACCCACAUGAGAGAGGAUAUAGCCUCUGAGGCCUAUGAGGACGAGCUGGACAUGGGUCGUUCCGGGUCGUAUCUCAAUAGCAGCAUCACAUCAGCGUGGAGCGAACACAGUCUGGAUCCUGAGGACAUUCGGGAGGAGCUGAAGAAACUCUACUCCCAGUUGGAGAUUUACAAGAGGAAGAAGAUGCUGGCAAACAACCCUCAUCUCCAGAAGAAACGGAGCUCCAAGAAAGGGUUGGGUCGCUCGCUGAUGAGGCGCAUUACUGAGAUUCCAGAAUCGGUGCACCGGCAAUGCAGCCGCGAAGACAAGGAAGCUGGAGAACACGGGAGCAACCGCAACAGCAUCUGCAUGUUAAAGAAGAACCCAUUUGAUUCGACUCACCCAGGAAAGCCAGCGAAAGAGGAGACGCUAAAGAACAAGGUUUUCUCCCUCAAGAAGUCCCACAGCAGCUACGACCACGUCCGUGACCAGGGUGAAGACUCCAACAGCUCAGCGACAGACAAGAUGGAGGUGACCCCAGCUGAAGGCUCCCUCCUGGAUACACUUAUGGGCAAGAAGCUGGUCAAGAAGCAGUCCAGUGAGAACGUAAGUGUCCCCAGUGAAUCUACAGAAUCAGUUCCUUUGGUCUGCAAGUCAGCCAGCGCCCAUAACCUCACUGCUGACAAGAAACCAAUUCAUCCUAGAGCCUCCAUGCUGCAAAAGUCCCUCAGUGUCAUCGCCAGUGCCAAAGAGAAGACUUUGGUGUUCACAGGAAAGACCCAGAGCACGGAGGAGAGCAAUAAGAAGAGUCAGCCAAAGAGCAAAGACACAAGGGCCAAUGCAGAGCCAGAAAAUGAGUGCCAACCCAAGAUGAUUAUUAGCCAGUCGGUUGAGUACAAACAGACUGCGCCAAUAGGCAGGAUCAUGAAACAGCCAGUGAGCGGCAGCCAGCCUACUAUCUGUUCCGAUCCAGUCAAGGGAAAGGACCUCUACGAUGUCUCAGAAGUGUGUCCCUGGGAAGUGGAGGAUCUCCCAACUCCGUCUGAAAACAAGGUCCAAAAGCAUGUAUCCAUCGCACCAAAGGAAACCACGACGGUUCACGGAGGUAGCACCAAGGGAGGCAAAUCUCAGAAGCAGAAAGCGUCUGAUCAAUCUCCAUCGAGUGGCAGGCAUUCACAGGAAAUUCAGAAGACAACCGCUGUACGAGCGGAGAUAUGUCCAUGGGAAGAUGGAGGUGAAAGUCAAGGCAGUCAAGUGGAAAGCCCAAAGCAACAAACCUACAGUCAGGCAAGCAAACCUGCUAAGACCCAGCAGCCUCAUUCUACAGCAGAAAGCUCCAACAAAAAACAGGAAGAGGUUUGUCCAUGGGACUUCGAAGAGACCCAAAAGACAACAGAGCUGGCUUGUUCACCAGAUAUGACAACACAAAGAAAAGGCACCUCUCCUGUGGAUGGGAAAGAGAGAAGUACCCUUUCAGAUCCAUCCAAAACAGGAGGCUCACUCCAGCCGCCAUCUUCAAAAGCUGAUGUAUGUCCCUGGGACUACGACAGCACUGCCGUAUCUCCAAGUUCUGAGAGGACACCUAGUCCCUCUCGAGCAUCCAAAACCAAGGAAUCUCCUUCAAAAAAGAAGGGUACACCUUCCACAAGAACAGUUGAGAAAGAGAAAUCAAAAGACGCUGAUGAUGAGAAAAGUAGAACAAAAGCUAAGGACAAGAGUAAAUCUUCAGAGAAACACGUGAGCCAACAAAAAAUGGCUGAGGUAUGCCCGUGGGAUAUAGAGAGUCAUCAGGAAGUGCUGGUGGUAGAAAAAAGGAAAAGUGUGAAUGUUGGAGCAGCCAAAUCAAAGCCAGCUGAAGUCUGUCCGUGGGAUUUUGAGGAUACGUCAGAUAAAAAAGGUACAGACACAAGUGUAGUGAAACCAAAAGGCGGAUCUGCAGGUUCUGCUAAAAAGGCAGAUGUUUGUCCCUGGGACUUUGAGGAUAGCACAUCAAGCAAGAAGGCAUGACACUCAACCCUAAUGGACCACUGAAAUUAUAGUUAUUGACGUAUCCUUUUUCACUUUGAAAUCGUUAAAUAUUACCUUUUACUAUUGGUAUGGUGGCUUGGAAGAAAAGUUGAUCAAGUUCCACAAGUUGCCUUCCUUUACAAGGUUUUGUUCCUGUUUUACCUAUUUUGAAAACAAAUAUGUACAAAAAAACAAAACAAAGUCAUGACGAGCAUUCCAGAUUAUUACAGGAAAAUCCUGAAGAUAAAUCUUAGACUAAUUAUGCAACUUUUGAGUCAUCCUUUUCACUUCAUAAGCAAUGUUGAAAAUCUGCAUUUUUCAUGUUCUGUAUUCAGUCAACAAUUCAUACAUGGUUCUUUUUGUGCAUUAACAUCGUCACUUAAUGGACUAAGAUAGGACUUGUACAGAUGAUAGGAUUUGUAGAGAAAAAUAAUUAUGAAAUUAAGGUUGAUGUACGAAACAGCAAAAGUGAAAGCCAAAGAAUAAGGGAACAUUUGCAAAGAUAAACGUUGGAUAUAAGGCAGUAAAUGAUUAGUUUGUGUCCAGUCCUUGGCAAAGAGGGAAGGACUCUGUGAGGAAUCCGUCUAUAGCACUUUAGCCAACUCCAUAAAUAAAAUAACUGAGGACAGACUCUGUUCUUCUUGUAAAUUUUGUCUGCUCAUUUUCAACUUCAUGGCAUGAUACCACACAGGAUAUCACACACCGACCAAACUUAGACAUGUUUUUUGUUUAGAUCUAUUUAAUUGUAGUUCUCAGCAGAUUAAAAUGCUUCCAAGUCUGCAGAGAUGUACUGUAUGUGCCUAACUAACUAGCAUUGUCUUGUAUCAGUCUGAAGUAAAGCAAGUGGCUUCUCCUUCAGCACUUUGUGACGGUGAAUUAUAUAAACAGCAUGCACAGCCAGGUAUCGAGAGUAGUCGGACCCUACCAGUUUGUCAACUAAAGCAGUUAAUGUGUUGACACAUAUAUAAUGUUGUUUUUUUUAAUACCAGAGGCACUCCUUUUCCUGCUUUAAUAUUUCUAAAGCUCAUUCAGGGUGGUGAAGAUUAUAUGAGAGCAGCAUUAACAUGAAUGUGUGUCAAAAUGGCUCAUAUGUACACUGUAAAAAGUAGAGAGAGAAAAAUACUUUGUUUAUGAAUCCAGCAUGAGUCUUUGUGUUGGCUUGCACAAAGUGUGUGUGGGUGUGUGGGGGAGGGGUGUCUGUGUCUGUGGACACAAUAUCAUGAAUUUAAAGUGAAAAUGUAAUUCUGUAGUUGAACAUCUGGAGUUUCAUCCAUGAUCAUGUCUUGGUAGCACUUUCUGUCCUUACAUUCCCUCUGUCUCAAACACCAAAACUAAAAGGGGAGCAGGUCACCAAUUUCAUUUUACUAACAGCUGAUAGAACCUGCUGCUUAAAAGGAUAAUAUUGGUUUAUUUUAACUUGGGCCAUCUUUUACGAUUGGUAACAAUAACUUGCUGAGACCUGGAACCUGCAACAUCACCACAACAAAGUCUAAUUUGGCAACAAACCAAUGCAAUCAGAUUAGCAUACAUACAAAUGAAGGCGACGGGUAAAAUAUAAUUAUUACCAGACCCAAACGGAAUCUUUUUUACUGUUUUCAGCGGUCAUCCAGAAUUAAAAUCUGCGGAAUAUAGCGGACUUGUUUUGACUUGCUUGCUUGUCGUGGAGAUGUGUUAACAUUCAGAUUUUUUUUUAAAUCUGCAGAAAAUCUGCAGAAUUCUGCGCUCGCAGAUUCCGUGUGGCCCUCAUUAUUACCCAACCUUUUUGUUUACAGACCAACUUCCUGGUUCUACUUUGACCUACCAUACUUAACGUAGUUGUGUGUGCACACAGUUUCCCUAUGCGAUGAGGGUUUAUGGUAGCCUGAUAGUCACACUGAACUGCCAUUUUGUUUCAUUUAAUGCAUUUAACUUAACAUAGUGGUCAUGUUAGCCAAUUUCUCAACGAUCAUAGAAAUAUAGUAAUACUGUAUAAUAGUUUUUGUUUUUGUAAGUACAACGUGUACUGCUGCCUUAAUCUCAUCCAUGGUUUUGCCCGGUUUUUGUGGCCAUUGUGAUUUUUAGUUUUAAGAUGUAGCUAUUUUUUUGGCUCUUGAAUAUAAAGAUUACUAUUUUUAAUCGCACCUAAAAAGCUCUAAUAGGUGGAUUCAUUCUCCAAUAAAGGGAAAUGGCCGUCAGAGAACACAAGACAGGACACCAUGAACCGCUCGAUAAAUUGGAGAUUCAGAGGCCUGGAACCAGUCGAAGAGUUUCACUGAUCUCGCACUUUUGGCCACACUCCCUUUCGAUUUUAAUGUGAAAUGAAAUGGUUUCAAUUAUUCAGCUAAACUGUUAGCUUGUUUACAACGUGUCUGAUCAGACUUUGUUGUAGCGAUGUCAUCUUGUUUUCAGAUCUUAGAAAUUACUUUGUUGAGUCCAAUGUUACCACAGCUACAAAAAUAAAACCCCAAGUUUUUAUAAAGCGGAACUUUCCUUUAAAGGUGCUUUAAGCUACGUUGGGUGAUGUUACUUCUUGUUGACGUUCAAAGUAUUUUCAAACAAAACGAGACUAGGUUGCACCUCCCUCCUCCUC